AUGGAUAAACUGAGGGAGCUGUUGGCCAGCAAGAAGAAAGCAGCCGAAGCAGAAUUUGGUGGCAAAAGAUACCUCAAGCGGUCUGAGCUCGAAGAGCUGCGACUGCGGAAGCUGCGAGAAGAGGAAGAGGCGGAGCGAGCCCGCAAGGCACCCAAUGACUCCCAGGAGGAUGCCUCACCCGCUUCGGUCCCUGCAGAUGCAGCAGGCAAGGACGGCGAGGCGACCGCCAGCACGUCCAAGCCGAGGCCCUCGAGUCGCCAGGACAAGGCGGCAGCCGCAGGCUCCCGCACAGGCUUACAGACAGACACACCCCAGCUGACCCGGGAGGAGGUCAUUCGCAGGCUCCGGCGCCUCAAAGAGCCGGCGACCCUCUUUGGUGAGAGCGACGAGGCUCGCGCCGAGCGGCUGGCUGAGGCACAGCGAACUUUGACGGUGGAUGACGAGACCGAGGGUGGUCAGCAGGCUAACUUCAACAUCGAGUUUGCGAGGCAGCAACGCGCCGCGAAGAAGGCUCGGCGGACGGGGGAGGGCGGGACUGCAGCCCUGAUGGCCUCCUUCCGUGCCGCGGCAGACUCGCUUGCGGCUACCAACCUGCCGCUGGAGGACCGGCUGGCGCGCCGGCUGCGCGGCUGGUGCGCUGACUGGGAGGCGGACCUGGAGGCUCGGUCCGAGGAGGACCAGGCCAGCCCCGCCGGCUAUCAGGCCACGCUCCGGUACCGCGAGACCGUGCAGUACCUGCGCCCCCUGUUUGCGCGCCUGCGCAACCGCAGCCUGGAGCCGGAGAUGCUGGCGGGGCUGAAGAUGAUCGCUUUGUUGGAGGCGCUGAGCAAGGGCGAGUCAGUUGCCCCCGCGCCUGCACCGUCAGUCAUGGAAGGCAAUGCGGUGAAGAUCCCACCCCGCUGGGAGCACCAGAUCCGAGCAGCAAUGAAGGACGUGGCCAAGUCAGAGACCACCACUCUGUAUCAAGACUGA